AUGUCCUCGGUGAACAAUUCGUACCGUUUCGAUGUUGAACCCCUGCUUUUACAGUCUUUCCCACUAGCAAAGAGGCGUGUUACGCUCUCCAUGGCGAAAUUCGAUGACGUAACAGCAAUAUCAAACGUGAAGUCUUCGCCACCCUCUUCAGCAUCCAUAAGCGCAUUUAUAGAGCUUCGGGAACAGAGGAAUCAAAGAACCGCUCUGACCCCCCAACGAUCCAGAACUUUCCAUGUGUCGAAGCUUUCUUCGUACAACAAACUGGGGUCUAGUGCAUCAAAGUACAGUUCCUCCCGGGAAAAGAAUCCGUUUAAAGAGUACGCAGACGUGUUUACGUUACCAUUGGAUCAGCAAUUGAAUCUCAGUAUGGACUGUUUGAGCGACCAGGCCAAUUAUACUACGAACAAGUCGGUUGCAUUCGAUACUGGAGAAAUAUGUCCUCUUUCCGCAAUCCCGUUGGAGAACUCAGGGAUGUUCCAAUACGAGAAUAACGAUUCUAUAGAGAAAUACAGUUCUCCAGUACCUGACCCGCCUGUACAACUACCGUCGCAACGCCCAAAGAAAACUUUUACAUGCCACCUGAUGGACCCUGAUGGGGGGAGGUUAUGUGGAGCCCAGUUUGCGAAAAACAAUAAGUUGAAACACCAUCAGCAAAUAGUACAUGCGAGAAUAAAGCCUGCAUUCAGUUGUCUUGAAUGCAUAGAGUCCCUCGGUGCAAAGGGUGCCAAAAAAUCGUUUUCAAGGCCAGACGCACUCACGCGGCAUGUCAAGACGCAGCAUCCUGACAUAACCCCUGAGAGGAAGCAAGAGAUUGCAGAGUACAGCCGCCGCAACAUCGCAUAUCUGGCAGUAUAA